AAGUACCUUAACGGUGUUUGCAUCACAGCAGCAUCUGUAAGCUAGUGUUAUUUAUAAAAAAUAAAAAAGAUUAGAAAGAGAUUCAAGAUCCAGCUUUCGGUACCAUGCAGUCCGACACCCUGUUGCACAUCGCCAACUUCAGCACGCUGCUUGUCUGCAUGGUGCUGAAGUUCCCGCAGAUCUUCGUGCUAAUGAGAGCCAAAUGUUCAACGGGGAUCAGCCUCAACAGUCUGCUGCUGGAACUCAUCGGGUUCAUCGUUUUUGUAACAUACCAGAUGUACUACGACUACCCGCCCCCAACAUACCUGGAAUAUCCCAUCCUCAUUGCUCAAGAUGUCUUUCUUCUGCUCCUGAUUCUUCACUACAACGGCAGCCUGCGGCAGAGCCUCGUCUACGCCUUGCUGUUGGUCGGAGGCUGGAGGCUCCUCACUGUUGAGAGGUGGAUCAUAGAUCUGGCCAUGAGCCUGUGCACGUUUAUUAGUGCAGCCAGUAAGUUUGCCCAGCUGCAGUGCAUGUGGAGCUCCAAGGAUGCCGGACAGGUUAGCGCCCUCUCCUGGGCAAUGGCUACCUACACAUGUAUGGCGCGGAUUUACACCACCACAGUGACGACCGGAGACAUGCAGGUUCUGGUGCGGUUUGUGGCAAUGACUCUGCUCAACCUGUGGGUGCUGCUCACCGUGAUCUAUUACCAACAAAGAAGAAGCAGCAGCUCAAAGAAAGAUGACUAACAGAGUCCUGGAGCAACCUGGAUGGAUCCUGCUUCAGAGCUUACUGUGUCACCUCAGGCACAAAGAAUACUGAAAACAAACAAUCUGAAGGGUAUCAGUUACAUUCCAGAUGAAAAGUACACCCUCUUUCACUUCCAGGGUUUUACUGAUGAGGACUUGAUAAGAAAUGUUCUGAACUUUACCAGGUUCUAUUAAAGAUGAAACCAAAAAGAAAAAGCUGCUUGGGAAAACUAACUACAGCCUUGAUGCUUCCAUAAGAUUUAAGAGGGAAAGUAGCAGCCAGACGCUGCCAAUUAAAGCAGGGGUCGCACUGAUCAAUACAUGUACUCAUGGUUUUUAAUAUUUUCUUUUGUCACAGUUCGCCCUACAGUGCCCAAUAUGAGGGGUUUCAGCAGCUUGCUGGUCUGAAGCAUACAGGUGUGUUAACACAAUGCCAAGCUGGAAAGGAAACAGCAAUGGCUUUAGAGAAACAAUGGUUACCAAACAAUUUUAUAAAGGAAAACUUCCAAUUUUUAUCCCAUCAUUCUACAUAGAAAUAUUCUUUACAAACCUUAAAAAUAACUGCUACUCUUGCCAGGAGUGAACGUCCUGGCAAUUUCACCCAAAGUUCGGACUGUUCAGAGAAAUUAAAAACCCAAAGGCUUUAUGUAGGACUAUAGGCCUCAGUUAUUGUCAUGUGUUGUCUUGUCUUUCACUCAUUAAAGUAUUUGACUCCCAAAGAAAAUGGGUUUAUAGGUACAGAAACGGGUCUACGAAGAGAUGUUAGUACAUCUGAGGUUACAUUUGAAUAAUUUUACAACCUGGUAAAGCACAGAUCAUUCUUGUUUGUGUUAAGAAUUGAAAAAGGGUGUACUUUCUUUCUGCAAUGAUUAUAUUUGAUCAAACAUUCCAACACUGAUGCUUUUUCUUGUAGUUUUCAAGUGUUUCUUCUGAAUCCACACAUUUCUAAUUUCAUAAGUCUUAUUUAGAAACAUCUGAUCUGAUUAACGGUUUGAGAAUAUCCAAGAAUAACUCAGGAUAACAAAUACUGUAUUUUUAAUACCUUUUAUACUAUAUAUGAAGUUUUUUUCCAAUGUCAAAAUAAACCAAAAUAUUCUAUCUUU